AGGUUGGUAAUUUAAUUCAAUAUGGCGGGCUUUUGUUUUGGUUUGUAUAUUUACUAGCAAAAAAGUCGAUAUUUUGACAAAUUAGCGGGAUUGAAGGCAUUUUUGACUGCAACCUCUCGUCUAGAUGGGUCGAAGAAAGGCUCGGAGCAGCUCCGAGUCGGGCAGCUCCAGCAACAGUUCUGGAUCUUCGUCGAGUUCUUCUUCGUCCUCGGGAAGCGACUCGAGCUCGUCUGACUCGGAAGGGUCCUCAGCACCGUCUCAGCGAAGUGUCCGGAGCCUGAAAAAUCGCGGACAGUCCACAGAUUCGGAGCCGCAGUCGCCUCCUAAGAAGGCCCCUACUAAUGCCGCCAAAAGUGCGGGGAAAAAUGCGCCGGCCAAAUCAGCACCUGAACCUGACAAAAAGAGCGCACCGAAAAAGAACAGCAAGCCAGCGUACUCCUCGGAUUCUGAAGAGUCUAUCGUGGUGAAGCCCAGAGCAAACAGCACCAGUAAACAACGCAAAGUACCUGCCAAACCAAAAGCCACAGCCACCGUGACCCCCCUGGUUCGAAAGCAGGCCACCCCAGCCAGCAAAUCCACUCCUAGGGGCAAAGCCAAUGCUCAGAACAAAGUUCCCUUCAAGCAGCAACCCAAGACAAAGAGUAUAUUCAGUCCGGAGCACAGUAGCGAGAGUGACGCGCCUGAUGUUCCACCCAAAACAAGCAGUACGAAAUCAACUCCUGCUCAGAAUAAAAACGGUGCCAUCAAAAAACAACCACUGCCAAAAGCGACAUCGAGUGCUAGUAAGAAUAAAGAGCCUGUGCCAGCACCCAAAAGAACUACACGUUACAGCACUUCAUCCACAACAGGUUCUUCCGGGUCUUCAGAUAGCAGUUCAGACAGUGGAUCAAGCAGUUCUCCUACAGCUUCCCCUCAAAAGCGGAUACAUAAUCAGAAAAAAGCGACCCCUCAAAGCAAAUCUCCAUCAAAAAGCAAUGCCAGCCGUUCCCUAGCCCUAGCGUCUGGUAGUGAUACAGAGACAAGUCCCAGUAAACAACCAGUGACAAGAAAACUUACCAGAUCUGCAAAAGUUAGAAGAAGCAAACUCUUGACUGCUAAACAUAGUGAUUCAGAGUCUGAGAUCGAGACAAAACUGCCAAACAAAACUACUCCUGUCAGUGCGGGGAAAAAGACUCCAGCAAGAUCAGUAUCCCGCAAAGGCAAAGGAAGACCUGCAAGCAGCGCAGAAGUGAAUGCUGUGGUACAACCAAUUGAGGAGAGAAAAUGCCCUGUUAGAAAUUGUGAUUCAAAUGGCCAUUUAUCUGGAAAGCACGAUAAACACUUUACCGUUGAGGCCUGUCCAACAUUCCAUAACUUAAAGUCACAGCAGUGCUAUGACAUGUAUUUAGAAAGAAAAAGGCAUGACGAGGAGAGGAAGAGAGCGUUGAUGUGCCUUGGUCGGAAGUCUCCUGGUCGAACGCAGUCAAUGGAACAAAAAGCGUACCAGCAAAAGGUGAAGGAGUCAAGGGAUAAAGCUGCUGCAUUGACUUCAUCGGCAGAUUCAACGAAUAGUCUCAAUGAAAGCCGGGUCGAUUUCAACCGGGAGCCAAAAUUAGGAAAUGUUGCUUCUGAAUAUGAUCUCAGAUUGUUCAUGGAAGCUCAGGCCACUGCUAGUGAUAAAAUGGAGGACGAUUUGAAGGGAUUGCCAAACAGCAAGGGUACAAAAUACAUAGAAAUGGGCCAAUUCGAGAUGGAAGUGUGGUACCAAAGUCCGUACCCCGAAGAGUAUGCAAGCCUUCCUAAAUUGCACCUGUGCGAAUUUUGUUUACGAUACAUGAAAACUAGGACGGUUCUUAAAAGACAUUUAGCAAAGUGCGUAUGGCGGCAUCCACCAGGAGAAGAAGUUUAUAGGAAAGACAAAAUAUCAGUGUGGGAAGUGGACGGCAAGAAGUACAAAGUGUUUUGUCAAAAUUUGUGUUUGUUAGCAAAGUUCUUUUUGGACCACAAGACUCUCUACAAUGAGGUGGAACCGUUUUUGUUUUAUGUGAUGACAACAGCUGAUCCAGAGGGAUGCCACACUGUUGGAUACUUCAGCAAGGUGAGCGUCUUAACCACAUUGCACGGCAUUAUUAUUUGUGCUUGGAUGAGGGUGGAGAAAAACUCUUUUCUGAAUUACAACGUGUCCUGCAUUCUGACGCUUCCGCCAUAUCAACGACAGGGAUUUGGACGUCUACUUAUUGAUUUCAGUUAUCAGCUGACGAGGAAGGAAGGCAAAAUUGGAUCUCCAGAGAAGCCACUCUCGGACCUGGGACUCAUUUCCUACCGGAGCUACUGGAAAGACGUCUUGCUGGAAUACCUGUGCAACUUCGGCGGCAAGGAGCUAUCAAUUAAAGAUAUCAGCCAAGAAAUGGCCAUCCACUCGUACGACAUUGUCAGCACCCUGCAGGCACUGGGGAUGAUGAAGUACUGGAAGGGCAAGCACAUCAUCCUCAAGAAGCAGGACGUGAUUGACGAGUACGUGGAGCGGACGAAGCGGCGCGGAAAGGUGAAAGAGAUCGACCCGAGCUGCUUGAAUUGGACGCCACCGGUGAAUCCGCAGGCGAGAGGGCCUCCCUGAGGUGGAUCUCGGCAGUGCCGAGCGCAGGCACUGUCGCAUCAAGACGCCCUCCGCGUCCUCGCCGCCUACCACUAGACAAUUUGAACUCAAUUUCUGAAAAAGCAAGCUAAACAGAGAAGACUGCGUGCUACUGCAAUCACAAAACUCUGAAAACUCGUUCGCCGGACGGUUUCCGGAAGGGCUCGGACGCUCGGAGAAGCUGCCGAUCGAGUCCUCGAAGGGCCGUCCGCAGCCGUUGCUCAUGGAACACAAUCCGCGAAAUUAUGUAUUUUCCUCACGAUGGCGGCCGGUCGUGCCCCGAGUGCUCUAUUUUGUUUCAAUCCUCGUUUUCACUCGAACGAAGCGCAGCGCAACUUUCCAAUUGCCAUCGGCACUUACCCCCGGUGGCGCAGAGUGUAAAAAGUUGGCAUCGCGGCCGCGGCCAGUCGCCAUCGCAUACAAAGUGCAAACGACGCCAUAUAACUCUAGCCGAUAGUUUGGAAAUACGCUAUUUAAUUGAGAGGCAGAAAUACAUAUAUAUUAGCUGCAUAGUUGAGAAGCCGCCGCGCGCGCCGUGUGCAGCCAAGGACGAAAAUAUUGUUGUGGUGACCACGAUAUUGUCUAUUUUACCUGUUAACCGAGCGACCUAUAUCGAUUCGAGUUACUAAAUAGUUGUGUUGUGCGCGCGUGUUGGGAAGAACAUCCGACGCGAGUUGACACUCCACCUGAUGCGUGUGCUGCGUCUCUAAUUAGCGUUCGUCUUUCAGCGCCCCGUUCACGCCUGCUUUUCUAUUACGCGAUUAUUAUUAUCAUCAUCAUCGUUAAAUUAUGUGCGUGUCGAAUCUGUGUCUGUUCGUAUAAUAAUGAUAACCGCAUGUGUCCACUGCAUCAACGCGCCGAUUGAACGCAUCACACACACACACACUCUCUCUGUUUUUCCCCUCAAUACUCGCUAGUGAAGGUUGCAAACAGUUGUAUUAUUGUAGCGAACCGCGGCAACUUUUAGCAUUAGUGUCGAUUCAUUGGUUUGCACGGUACACACGAGCGUAAGUCUGAAUUUUUUGCUUUGGCAUGGAGCGAUUCGUUUUUAGCCUCUUUUUCAAUAUACAUAUAUAUACGCAAAGCACAAAAUUUCGGUUGUUGUAAACACGAAUUUUAUCGAGGAGGAUUUUAAUUUGAACUUUCCAGUGCAUGUUUAACAAUCUGGGACCAAACAUCAUGUUGUUAAAUUAGCGCGUUGGUUUUUAUUGCGUAGCUAUCGAUGCAUUGCAUACUCUUGCAGAGACAAGGAAUUUGUUAAGCGAAUUGUUACUUUUUUAUGUGUUGAUCGUGCGUUUAAUUUAUUUUUAUACUUUAUACUGUACGCGCGUGCAAUAUAAACGACUGACAAACAUGCUGCUCUCAUUGUCCGAAGAAGGCGAAGUCGCAUUUUAAACUGCAUUUGUAAUUGUUCUCUUGUAACUUAAAACAAAUCAAGAAAAAAAAUCUGCCGAAAUUUAAUCGACGAGCACGAAGACGUGUCGACACUUAUGUACAUGUUAAGUGUAAAUACUUUUGAGUCGUUUUCUAUGAUUGAAAAGAAUAAGUGCAUGGAAACUCACACAAGCAGACACCUUUUUAUUAAUAUUCUGUAUGUUUCGUAGCCUGUAAGUGGAGUGAGAAUGUGUUUUACUGAGGAUUAAAUGAAAAACGGCCACGUUUUCAUACGAAAGUAA